UCUAAAUUAUCGCGAAGGAGAUAGACAGCCCUCAUUCAGCCACGGCAAACCGGUACCGUCUCUGGUUAUUAGUUCAUAAUGCCGUCCCUACUCUCCUCAAUGCUGCUCCGCUCUCUGCGGACAGCCACUGCUCCUCGCCCCUUGGCAUUUCCCAUCUCCGGCUACAAACCCUCCUCGUCCAUUCUUCUCCGGACCUCGAAACCAUUCACUCCAGUUCUCCGCACGCCCUUCGCCGCUGCAGCAUGGUCAUCGGCGCGCUCAUUCUCCAGCACCCCUCGCGCACAAGCUACAUACAACCAGGUCCGAAAGGGAUGUCGUGUGCCGCAGCCCACGCGUAAGCGACGAUCGCCGGCGCUGCACAACCGGCCGGAGUUGAAGGGCGUGUGUCUCAAGACGGGCAUUACGAAGCCGAAGAAGCCUAAUUCGGGAGAGAGAAAGACUGCCAGAGUGAGAUUGAGUAGUGGACGUGUGAUUACGGCUUAUAUUCCUGGUGAAGGCCACAACGUCCAACAGCACAGUGUCGUCCUCGUCCGCGGUGGUAGAGCCCAGGAUUGUCCCGGAGUCAAGUACCAUCUUGUCCGAGGAGCAUUGGAUCUGGGCGGUGUCGGUAACCGGUUGACGAGUCGUUCCAAGUACGGAACCAAGAAGCCGAAGAAGGAUUAAAUGGCUGUUUCAAAAUCGAAUUAAAUACUACCGUGGCGCUGGAAUGAUUAAUUUCUCGGACGACACUGUCUGAAUUGUACUAUAUCUAUUUCGAUAUGAUGGGUUUUGUACGACAAUUCUACUACCUUAUCACCUUGCGUUAUGCACAAGAAAACUCUUUUGUUACCAUGGGAGAAAACAAAACCAGUG